AAGAUCAAUGAUUCUGAUUUAAAUACUUUCGCUUAUCGAUUUUCGCAUGAGUUGAAUUUCCUUUUCCACGUGAUCGACGAAUGUCAUUUAUCAUCUGACAUAUUUCUCGAUAUUGGAUUCAAUAACGCUGGCCUUCCUUUUCGAUGAAAUGCAAAAUUAUAAAUUAUCCAGUGAAAUAUUUAUCGGUUCACGCGUGCCUUUGACACGACGUAUGAUUUUAAGUCAAUUCACGAUCCCAACUAAAAAUUGAAGAUGAUAGAUCCCACUUUGCCCGAAUUUCUAGUCGGGAUCGGAGUUUUUCUUCUUCUUGUACUGCUUUUAUCGGAAGUUCUGGAUGGAACAGAUGUCUUUUCACUGGAAAGCUGUGGAUAUUCUCCAGUGUUUUCUUUCGGAUAUGGUAACGAUAAUGGGCCACACAUGUGGAAAUUGUCCUACCCUGAAAGUGGUGGUUCCAACCAGUCUCCUAUCAAUAUUGUGACACGUCUUACGGUCGUCCUAGAAUCGGCUGAGCCUCUAAAGUGGAAUGGCUAUCGUUCACAGCCUGUGUCAAUGACGUUGGCAAACGACAGAAACUCCGUGAUAGUGUCAGGUCUAUGGUCAGGCGGAUCAGUCCCAAUUUUAAAAGGUGGACCAUUAAGUGAUUCGUACAAUUUUCACUCUAUGGUUUUCCAUUGGGGCCCAUCAAACGAUGAAGGAAGUGAACAUACUUUAAAUUAUGUAAAGUAUGCAAUGGAACUCCAAAUGGUUCAUGUAAAACAUGGUUACAAAUCCCCCUAUGAUCAAUCUUUACUCUCAAUGAAAGAUGGUAUUGCUAUUAUUUCAUUUUUCUUUCAGAUCACGAAUGUGGACAACCCUUAUUUAGAUCACGUGAUAACAAAUCUUUGGCGAAUUCCACAUCCAGGAAUGAAAGUCUACAUACCACCUUUUCCUCUCGAAUGGAUUUAUCCACCUUUUGAAAAAUGUUUCUAUAGUUAUAGUGGAUCACUUACGCAACCACCUUGUAACGAAAUGGUUACGUGGAUUAUUCAACCGGAACCAAUUGCUGUUUCUUCCUUUCAAGUAGCAAAGUUUCGAAAAAUACGUUCCGCGGAUGGUCCAGUAUUACUAAACACAAGACCUGUUCAAAAAUUAAAUGAUCGUGAAGUAUUUUUUCACGAUUAAGCAAAUCAUUUUUAAUUUUAAUAAUCUUAUUUAUUUUCUUAACAAUAUUUCAUACUGUGA